UACUCAUAAAAGUGCUGCGAGGACCUGCUUGUUGGUCCUCUGCUCGUCGUCCCCCGGAGGACGCUCGCUUCGUGGGGGUUGAAGUGCGCGGGAUGGCCGCUGAAUAAACGGACAUCGCCCACUUAUGGAGAACGAGACGUGGACGCACCCUUCAUACAUCCCCCAUUAUCUCCUCCGCGGGGACCCUUUCGCUUCGAGACUGUCCAAGGAGGCGGAUAUCAUUGCUGCCUUUUACAUCUGUAUCAUAGGAAUCAUGUCUGCAACAGGAAACGGCUACGUCAUUUAUAUGACCAUCAAACGCAAAUCCAAGCUGAAGCCCCCGGAGCUCAUGACUGUCAAUCUUGCCGUCUUCGACUUUGGGAUAUCAGUGACAGGAAAGCCCUUUUUUGUUGUAUCUAGUUUCGCCCACCGCUGGUUGUUUGGCUGGGAGGGUUGUCGUUUCUACGGCUGGGCGGGAUUCUUCUUCGGUUGCGGGAGCCUCAUCACCAUGACCGUGGUCAGUCUGGACCGGUACCUGAAGAUCUGUCAUCUCAGAUACGGCACAUGGCUGAAACGCCAGCACGCCUUUCUAUGCCUGGUCUUUGUGUGGAUGUAUGCAGCUUUCUGGGCCACAAUGCCCCUGGUGGGCUGGGGAAACUAUGCCCCGGAGCCCUUCGGGACCUCCUGCACGUUGGACUGGUGGCUGGCACAGGCCUCCGUGUCCGGCCAGAGCUUCGUCGUGGCCAUCCUGUUCUUCUGUCUCGUCCUCCCUGCAGGAAUAAUUGUCUUCUCCUACGUCAUGAUUAUCUUCAAGGUGAAGUCGUCCGCAAAGGAGAUUUCAAACUUUGACGCCCGCAUCAAAAAUAGCCACAACCUUGAGAUAAAACUCACAAAGGUGGCCAUGCUGAUCUGUGCAGGCUUCUUGAUAGCCUGGAUUCCUUAUGCAGUUGUGUCGGUGGUGUCUGCGUUUGGAGAGCCAGACUCCGUGCCCAUCUCUGUGUCUGUCAUUCCCACACUGCUAGCCAAGUCCUCGGCCAUGUACAACCCCAUCAUCUACCAGGUGCUGGACCUGAAAAAUUCCUGCAUGAAAUCCUCCUGUUUCAAGGGCUUGAAGAAGCCGAGGCAUUUCAGAAAGUCAAGGUUCUACACCAUCUCUGGCUCGGUAAAGGACAAUACAACAGCCAAAGAAGCUCAAAUCGAGAUGUGACAGAAACUGUAGGCUGCGUGACCCUCUUGCCUCUCCUACUUGGGACGGUUUGCCUUGUCCCUUCCCCCCCUCGUGCCCACAUUUGCCCAAUCACACGCUGCCUGUCACCCGCUGUGAAAUCUACCACAGCUCACUUUGGUUUCUUGGUGGUUCCUGGGUCUCGCUGCUUUAUUUGUCACCCACGCUGGAUCCCUGGUUGACAACCUCCACCCCUCCUUUCUCGGAGACACAUCAAGCUCAAGCUCAAAGUUGAAUUUUACUGUUUGUACAGGCUGUUGUUUUUUGUACUCCUUUACCUGGGGGCUUGUAUACAGUCAUCUGAUAAAGCAAACACCUGCACACGACGAGACGUUGCGUGAUGCUAAUCAGUGGAACUCACACCUAGAUGUGCACUUUAGUAGCAAGACUGUUCAUUAUGCAUUGAUGCCAGCUUGUUUUCUCUCUCUCUUUAAGGGACAACUGUGGUUGGUCCAGGGUUCAUUUUCUUCUAUCUAUUUAUUGUUGGUUUGUUGAGCAAAAAUAACUGUAUCUUUUUUUCCAUGAAUUGUUUGACAUGUUGGUUCAUGUUUAUACGCUUGCCUGGAGUUGGAGAUUGAUACCACACGUGUGUGUCUGUGUGUCUAAUUAUGAUGCUAGGACAUCCUAGACAGGCAGAAAUCACAGCAUAAUAAAUGGUAAUUAAUGGACAUCUGCAGGCUUAUCUGUAUCAAAAGCAAACAAAUAAUAUAGUUCACAAAUGAACAUGUAUCUUGAUUUUUCAAGUCGUUUAGAAAAGGAAGAGAAGUCUCUUACAGAGUUGCUUGGUGUAGCUAGUAGAGACACAUGAGAGUGUCGACCGAUGUUGUCGAUUCUCAUCAGUGGGUAUGAUGCAUGUCCAAGAGCCCAACGAGGGUGGGUCCGCUCUUCCCGUUUCAUUGCAGCUAUAAUCUGUGUUAAUACAACUUUAAUACCUGUCUGUGGACAGAUGUUGUUACUGUGACGGUAUUGUCUGGAUAAUGAAGGACGGAAUUGGGGGCCGGGGGGUAGUAAGUAGGCAAGGGGCUAUUGGCCCACUUAACGCCCACGGCUUGAUUCAACGCUGCAGAUGGUUCCUAUAGUUUGGAUUUGCAUUUGAAUGAUGUUAUAUCAUUGAAAUCUUAAUAUGUUUUAGUGGUAAAAGAAUAAUGUCACGCAGCAGCUUUAAGCUGAUGGAUUGACGCUUCCUACAUUUAUAUGGAUAGCUGGUUAAUGUGCUUCUUCAUCUAACUCAUGACAAGAAUGUGAAUUAGUGCGUUUUCCAAAACCAUUUAAUUAUUUUAAAUUGACUUACUUUUGCACACACCUGGGAUCUGAUUUCUAAAACGUUUUAUGUGGAUUGAUGUUCAUGUAAACACUUUUCAGGAAUGAAGACAAGCAAUACUAAAAAAAUGUAAACUCCUUUGUCCAGUUGUCAUCAUCUUGUGCACCUUCACUCCAUGAAUUAUAAAUUGUAAAUUUAAUACGUGCUACGUUGAGCUUUUUAAAAUGUCAUCCGGUGGAGAGGGAGAAGUUGGGAAAUGGGGAUUAAUUAUUGUCUGCUGACGUACACGAAGGCUGUCGAGUCGAUAGUUCAACAGCGUUGGAGAAGAGGGUCAAAAAGAAAGCCUGCAGCUUCAGGGCCACAACCUCACAUGUCGAAGUGAAGGAAAGCAGAUAUAGCACUUGUUAAUAGAGCUUUCAGUAAUGUGCCCCAUGGAAUAUUCUCAAUUUUGCUUCAGGUUAAUCCGGGUUCAUUUUGUGUGGAGACGUGAUAGCAUGACGCCCCAGGACACUAACUAACCCUUUCACUAAAGUGAAAACCCAGUGGCCAAUUGCUGUUUUUCCUCAACAACAUCUGUGAACGAAGAUGUCGUAAGUGUCUUCAGUUGACAUUGGUAUGGUCCCUGUGAACGUUACUUUUAAGGUUAUGUUCAAUUACAGGGUUUGUUAUUUACGUCAAUUGCAAACAAAUUGUUUUUUUUAAUCAAUAUCUGCAAUUAGAAAGAAGUAAGGGAAAGAAUGGUUCUAAUAACCCAUAUUUAAUAUAUGUGUAUGUAGUUAGUUCAGACAAGCGUAUACUGCUUAACGAAUCAAAAAGAAUCGCAUUCUUUAAAAUGAAGAAUAUUGACUAAAAUAGGUUUUAUAUAUACAUAAAGGUUUCGUAAACCACCACCGUGUGGUGGAGGGUUUGCACGUGUCCUGAACACCCAACUGGCCUCUGAUACAGAAGGCACUAUGUGGUUUUCUCCGGUAUCCCUUUAUGACACUUAUCCCACAGGUUUAAAUUCAUCCAACAGGCGUACGCACCGCCUGUUUAGAAGUGGCCAAUUGUGUCACUGUUGGUUUAGCAACAGCAUACAAUUGUCAACAUUUGAUAAUGAUAAUCAGGCAAUUAUACCCAAAUUCAAUCAACCUUUUCUUCAGACACUUUAGAACCACCGUCACAAGAACCUGUUCCACCCUAACAACAAGCCACCCCAUACAUCCACAACAAGGCACACGUCAAGGCAGUCAUGAUAAUGCUGCACACCCAGAGAGACACACUGGUCUAUGACUUCGAAGUGUUUUUGCCUGAUAUCUCCAUGUUUUGGGGAUAGAUACCCUGUGAGUGAAUUUUUCAUUAGGCAAUUUCUGUGUGCCCUUAUUUCUUCACCAGUAACAUAUAUACUGAUAUUUUACACCAGAACACUCACUGUUGUUCCCCUUUAUCCUGACAGGAAAUAAUUGUGCAGCUAGACAAAGUAGUUCCAGAGAAAUUACAUUUUUUGUCAUCGGUAUGCCAUUUUCGGAGCAGAGGCCAAAAACAGCCUCCAUAACCAAUAACUUUGUAAAAAUUUGCCAAAAUUACAUUAACCUUAUUGCACAAAAUCCACUCAAAGUAAAGCAAUACAGCAGCAACACAGUAAUGCUUCAGCUGCAUUAUCCCAUUAUGUCUUGUUGCCUUAUGUAUUGCUGCAUACUUCCUCAAUAAUUGGUGAUGUGCUAAUAGAGAUAUUCAUUGUUUUCUCUCUUGUGUCCUACUUUGGCGGGUCAAAUAUUGUCACGUGACUUGUCUGCGGGGUUGAUGUGACAUGUGAGCGUAGAAUCAAAAAGGAAACUGAUAUUUAGUUUCCCAGUAAGCGGACUGGACUUUAUACCUUGAAUCAGGACGGAUAUACCUAAUAUUUAUGCAUAUAGAAAGCAUUGUAGCACUGGCUGGGGUGUGUUUGCUCUACAAUAAUAAUCAUAAGCAUUCAAUUUAAGCCUUAAAAUUUCACACAACACAUAUUUGUGAGCUUGAACCGAGGGCGGCGUGGCCUUGCCUGUUGUUAGACGGCACUGAUGCCCUUGUUUGGCAAUAAACCGAUUCUCAGGUAUUGCUUUUUACUAGUUUGGGUCUGUAAACAUUGGUGCCAAAAAUGUGUUGCACAUAAAUACUAGUUAGUAAUAGUUAGAGUUUAUAAUGUCAACUACUUUUACUAUUGUUACCCAUCUUUACACACGUAAACGCUAUAUUAAAACCACAUUGUUUGGCCUCUGUACAUCGAUCCUGAUUGAUAAAAAUCAAUCACUACAGAUACUAUUAAUCACAAAUGAAAUAGUAUUACCUGAUUCACUUAUUUAAAUUUGGAGUUUAUGGUUUAUAUAUUAGAAUUAUGUAAUCUGUUUUUACUCGGUGGUUUAUGUCACCUAAAACUACUUAAAAAAAACGUAAUACUGGAAAUCAACAGAGAAUCCCAAAUGAAAAUUCAUUCAAAAAUAUAUAACUCUGCAUUUGUAACCUGUUUAUUAAGACAUCUUUCUUCAGUAGGAGCAAAUAAGCUUAAUUCUGAAGGCAACCGGUGACUAUUGAAAGGUUUGUAUGUGGAAUGUGGUCACAGCAAAAAUAAAGAAGUAAAAUGGUGGGAAAUGUCUAGUGUACUGGGGAAAGGUUUAUUCACCACAAGUUGUGGAUGACUGAAGCAACACAACUGAUAAACAAAGUCAAGCCAAUAAACAAUAACAUGGAAAUGUGCAAAUAAAGCUGAAAACAGAAUUAUGUGCUCUGACAAACCAAUACAUCAAGACAUUUUUGCCACUUGUAGUUCAUACUUGGUCUCUUUGUAAAUAUUAGGUUGUUACAUUGGAAAUACUUUUCUAGUGUUGUAGAUUUUAUUUCAUUGUUUGAUUCCUUUUGGAAAUCAUUGUUUUUUCAUUUGCCUGUUUCAUUGACCCUAAUCAGUGGUACUGUACAGGUGGAAAGACAUAAUCAUGAAUGAUCCCCCAUUUAUUUAUUUUAGUAUUUGCCAUCAGAGGUAUGGGAAAAUAUAUAAACUGUGCAAAAUGCAUGGAUCUGCAUGGAGUCCUGCCCCCACCAAACCCGAUUGUGACAGCUGCCUACCAAAACAGUUUCAUCAGGAGAGACUGCUGAACUUUUAACAAUGAUUUAUUAAACAAGCAUAAACAUGUUAUCCAGACGUAGGACAGACCAGGGCCGGGAUGCCCCCUUUGGGAGUUCAGACACUGGUGGUGGCGGAUCAGUCGCUCCGAUCCUCUGAUGUGCCGAGGUCUCCCAAACUACAUUAAAGACAAUAGCAAAAGCAUAUUCAAUGAGCACCUUUGAAUAUUAGUGGCUAUGUGCCAGGCCCCAUGUGGCAGACAUUUUUCUGCUAAUUGUUUUGCCUGUAAUUUAGGAGGGAUACGACUUUUUCUGUUCACUGAUUUUCACCAGUUACUUCUUGAAUUGAAGAAUUCUGUACUUGACUUCUGAGUAGGCAAAGUAUGUUAGGCCCUUACGGCAGGAGUCUGUGGAGAUAUUAUAAUGUCUUUGUUAAACCUCAUUGACUCUGUUGUACUGUUCAUUGCUUCAUUGCUCACUUUACCUCACGUGUACAAAAACCCUGGACCUCAGAGGAAAUAAAACUGCUUUUGUCCAAAAGUA